GCCAGUCGGCUCACUGUGGAGCUGUGUCGGGUAGCAGGAGGAGCCGACACCGAGUGAAAACAGCGAUUCAAAGAAAGAUACUAGCGUUCGUGUAAUACAAAAACAUCUAGAUUUGAAUUGCGCUUGGAGCAACGGUCUAAUGGUUUAUGUGAAGGUUUGCUUUUAACGUGAGCAGAGAGAGGGACAACGGACAAAGCAACAACCCCCUCCCCAAAACGGCAAAAGGAAACGGCAAGAGGGAAGGAACCAGGCUUUGCAUGUUAUUGGAGAAAGUGAUUCUGCACUGGCAGCCUCUUCCAUGUUCAUGUAAUGGAAACACACUUUCAGUCAGCGGCAUGUGAAACGCAUCAUUGGAAAUAUAUCUGGAGCUCCCAUGGCUAAUUGUGUCAAUUGGUGGUGGCUUGAGUUUGCUAGUGGAUGCACUCAAGAGCCGGGUGCCCUGCCAUGCCCAGCGCCAUGCUAAGGCAACACAUGCAUAAUAACAAGGAGCACUCGGUUCAACCAGUGGGAAAGCUGUGGAAAAAGUUGGUGGAAAAUCUAUGAUUUGAGCUUUAAUCUUCAUCUCCUUUUUUUUGUUUUGACCUAGUUAUUCUGUAAUGUGCCAUAGCUUAGCUGCUUUUCCUGUCAUCUGUCAGCAAAUCUGUCUUCUGUCCUACUUUUACUGAAGUUGCACACACUCUGGCUUCUCUUUAACAUUAGCCAUCAGCACCAAGGAAGGCUAAAUAAACCACGCCCAGUUGUCCUGAGAGGUACAUUUGCAGCUGACAGAAUGGAUAUUCAAUUUUACAGCCAGCCUUUGUCAGAGUGGAACAUGUGUGGGGCAGAUUGAAGGGACCCCUAUGAAGAGGAGGACUUGGAGGAACAGCAGCACUAGUUCAAAAUGUCCCAAACCAGUUUGCUGCAAGGGAAGCGCUUUUAUUGCCGGGAGUGGGUCUUCCACAAGAUCCAGCAUUGCCUCCAGGAGAAAACCAACAACCUCAACGGAGUGACCAGCACUCCCAGUAAGCAACCUCCAUUAUUGCCUAGCGGGAGCACAUCUGUACCUGCCAGCCUCACGGCAGGAUCCACAAAGUCCAGUAGCUCCUGGGGUGUGCUGCUGGUAGGAGGACCAGGAAGUGGGAAAACUGCUCUGUGCACUGAGCUGCUGUGGCCCACAUCAGGCCAGGGAACCCACCGUGGUUUACACCAGCAGAGCCUAGCUUUCCACUUCUGUCGGGCAGAUGACUCGGACACGCUCUGUGUCGGCGGUUUUAUUCGAGGGCUGGUGGCCCAGAUUUGCCGCAUCGGGCUUGUGCCAGGAUACGAGGAGAAGGUCCGGGAUCCAGCUGUGCAGAGCACUUUGCAGCCUGGAGAGUGUGAGAGGAACCCCGUGGAGGCUUUCAAGAGGUGUGUCCUGUUGCCUCUCCUGAGUGUGAAACCCCCUCCGCAGUCACUCUUCCUGCUUGUAGACUCUAUUGAUGAAGGCUGUCAGCUCGGUGAAGGAGAUCAAAGGUCUUCUCCUGGUUCACCCAGGACCAUCGCUGAGCUCCUGGCCAGUCAGCAUGAGUUCAUGCCUCCCUGGCUGCUACUUAUCUGCUCCGCACGACGACAGAACAAGGCCAUCACCAAACUCUUCACAGGAUUUCGCAAAAUCAGCCUUGAUGAUCUGCGGAAGGCCUACAUUGUGAAGGAUGUGCAACAGUACAUCCUUCACCGGCUGGAUCAGGAGGAGGCCCUGAGGCAGCACCUGACCAAGGAGACUGCUGAAAUGCUCAAUCAACUUCACAUUAAGAGCAGUGGCUGUUUCCUCUAUCUGGAGCGUGUGCUGGAUGGUGUAGUGGAGAACUUUAUCAUGCUUCGUGAGAUCCGUGACAUCCCUGGCACCCUGAAUGGCCUCUAUCUGUGGCUCUGCCAAAGACUAUUUGUCAGAAAACAGUUUGCCAAAGUCCAACCAAUUCUUAAUGUAAUCCUGGCAACUUGCAGGCCACUAACAGUCAAGGAACUGUACCAUGCAGUCUGGACCAAAAACAUGACACUGACCAUGGAGGACUUUCAGAAAAAGAUGGACAUUCUAUCAAAGCUGUUGGUUGAUGGCCUUGGGAGUACUAAAAUACUUUUUCACUAUAGUUUUGCAGAAUGGCUGCUGGAUGUAAAACAUUGCACCCAGAAGUACUUGUGCAAUGCUGCAGAGGGACAUCGGAUGCUGGCCAUGAGUUACACUUGCCGGGCAAAGCAGCUCAAACCACUCGAAGUGCAGGAAUUUGCUCUGCACCUUGUCAAUUCCAAUCUGCAGAUAGAGCCAUUUAAUCUGGCUCUUUGGAUGAUUUGGAAUGGGACUCCUGCUAAAGACUCUCUGAGCACCUCCAUACCAAGAGAACAGGAGGUUUUGCAGCUUCUAGUCAAAGCUGGUGCCCAUGUUAACAACGAGGAUGAUCAUGCUUCAUGUAUUGUACAACAAGCACUAGAAAGAGAGGACUCUAUACGAACAUUACUUGACAACGGAGCAUCUGUGAACCAGUGUGACUCCAGUGGAAGAACUCUGCUGGGCAAUGCUGCAUACAGUGGGAACCUUGAUGUAGUUAACUUGCUCAUAUCCAGAGGGGCAAACAUGGAGCUUGAAGAUAACCAUGGACAAACAGCACUUACUCUUGCUGCAAGGCAGGGCCAUACCAAAGUGGUCAACUGCCUUAUUGGCUGUGAGGCCAACAUAAACCACACAGAUCAUGAUGGAUGGACUGCACUCCGUUCAGCAGCUUGGGGUGGACAUUCAGAGGUUGUGUCUGCCCUGCUUUACGCUGGAGCCAAAGUGGACUGUGCUGAUGCUGAUGGGAGAACAGCUUUGAGAGCCGCUGCUUGGGGAGGUCACGAAGACAUUGUGUUAAACCUUCUUCAGCACGGGGCUGAAGUUAACAAAGCAGACAAUGAAGGAAGAACUGCUCUCAUUGCUGCAGCGUACAUGGGACACAGAGAAAUUGUCGAGCACCUGCUGGAUCAUGGAGCUGAAGUUAAUCAUGAAGAUGUUGAUGGGAGGACUGCCCUUUCAGUGGCUGCCCUCUGUGUUCCCGCCAGCAAAGGUCAUGCAUCAGUUGUGAGCCUUCUGAUAGAUAGGGGAGCAGAGGUUGACCACUGUGACAAAGACUGCAUGACUCCUCUCCUUGUGGCUGGCUAUGAAGGCCACGUGGAUGUAGUUGAUCUGCUUUUGGAAGGUGGAGCUGAUGUGGAUCACACAGACAAAAAUGGGCGCACCCCUCUUCUGGCUGCCGCAUCAAUGGGCCAUGCAUCUGUUGUCAACACUUUACUUUUUUGGGGAGCUGCUGUUGACAGUAUUGACAGUGAGGGAAGGACCGUGCUGAGCAUUGCUUCAGCUCAGGGGAACGUUGGGGUGGUCAGAACUCUGCUGGACAGAGGUCUAGAUGAAAAUCACAGGGAUGAUGCAGGCUGGACCCCGCUACACAUGGCCUCAUUUGAAGGUCAUCGCCAAGUGUGUGAUGCACUUAUUGAACAAGGUGCUCGCUGCACUGAGGUUGAUAAUGAUGGUAGAAUACAGGUGAUUUUAGCUGCACAAGAAGGACAUUAUGACUGUGUGCAAAUUCUUCUGGAAAACAAGUCGUGCAUUGACCAGAGGGGAUAUGAUGGGAGAAAUGCUCUCAGGGUAGCCGCACUUGAAGGUCACAGGGACAUUGUUGAACUGCUGCUGAGCCAUGGUGCUGACAUAGAUUACAAAGAUGCAGAUGGGCGCCCAACACUCUACAUAUUGGCACUUGAAAAUCAACUCGCCAUGACAGAGUAUUUCCUUGAAAAUGGUGCAAAUGUGGAAGCUUCUGACACUGAGGGCAGAACGGCCUUGCAUGUAUCCUGCUGGCAAGGGCAUCUUGAAAUGGUUAGGAUGCUGAUAAACUAUCACGCUGAUGUGAAUGCCUGUGACAAUGAGAAGCGAUCCGCCCUCCAGUCGGCCGCAUGGCAAGGCCAUACAAAAGUUGUGCAGUUUUUGAUAGAGAAUGGCACACAUGUGGAUCAUACAUGUAACCAGGGAGCAACAGCACUAGGCAUAGCUGCCCAGGAGGGUCACAUUGAUGUUGUGCAGAUACUUCUGGAAAAUGGUGCUGAUCCCAACCACGCUGAUCAGUUUGGACGCACAGCAAUGAGAGUAGCAGCAAAAGGUGGCCAUUCAAUGAUCAUAAAACUUCUGGAAAAGUAUGGAGCCACAACUCUCAAUGGCUGCAACCCAUCCCCAGUGCAUAGCAUGGAGGAAAAAACUCCACUGGCAGUGACUGGUAAAAUGCAAUCCCUUACAAUCAAGUCAAGUAGUUCUGGGAGCACUGGGGCAGGAGACAUGCAGUCAUCUGGGCGCGGUCUACCAAAUGGGCCCGUCCAUGCUUUCAGUUCGCCAUCAGAGUCUCCUGACUCAACUGUGGAUAGACAGAAAUCCUCCCUGUCCAAUAAUUCCCUCAAGAGUUCAAAAAACUCCUCUUUGAGAACCACAUCAUCCACAGCCACAGCACAGACCGUGCCAAUUGACAGUUUUCACGGAAUGACGUUUACAGAACAAAUUCAACAGCACUCAUUGCCUCGCAGCCGGAGCAGACAGUCUAUUGUGUCCCCCUCCUCUACAACAAAGUCCAUUGGUCAGCAGCCAUCAUCUCCAUCCAAUGAUUUUGAAUGGUCUCAGUUAAAACCUGGCCUGAAAUCAACAAAGGGAACUAAAACAGGAAACGGAACAUCAAAUGGGAAAGGUACACUGGCCGACAAGAAGAAAAUCAAAAAUAGCGGAUCAACCCAAGGUCAGGUUCUAGAGUAUGAAAUGACCCAGUUUGACAAGAGAAUUGCUCUCAACAAAUCAGUGGCUAACAUUGCAGUGAAGGAUCCUCAUUGUAAGAUCAUGAUCGGUGGUUCAGUCCAGCAGGAAAGGGGGCAGUGCCAAGAUCAGUUCUUCAUCCAGCAGCAAAGUUGUGCUGAGAAGAAGAGGAAUGGCAUCAUGACCAAUCCCAACUACCAUCUACAGGGUAAUCAGGUUUUCUUGGGCAGGGUAUCAGUUCCUCGGACUGUGCAAAACAGAGGCCACCAGGAUGUUCUAGAGAACUACCCUAUUGGGGAAACUGAGCUAAGCCUUAAACAAGCCCUGAAACUGCAGAUUGAAGGAUCAGACCCUGGGUUUAACUACAAAAAGGAGACUCCAUUAUAGCUGAUGUCGCAAAUGCCAUUGGUCAUGCAGAUGUUGGAGGGAAUGUGCCAAAGCAACUGUUUUCAACUGCAUAAAAACUUUUUUGUUUUUUCCUCAUCAGUGGGAGACCUCAAAACAAUACCUAGGGAAGAUUGAUUGCUGCCUAAGGCUUAUGUGAAUUGAUACUUUGAUGUGCCUACAUCUGUUAUAGCCUUCUUCAUGUAUUCAUGCGAAGUAUCAUUUUAAUUUAAUGCUAUUUAAGAAACAGUGUAUGCACUUUUUAAAGAAUAAAAUGACAGACAUGCAUUUCUUUUCAUUUUGUAUCCCAUCCAUGUUUUAUCAAGUGUUUUGAUAGAAACAUACCAAUGCUUUUUUUUUUUUUUUUUUUUUUAAUUAUUGUUUUAUAAAAUUUUUAUUCUACUUUGUCACACUGACAGCAGUGUACCAGUCGGUACAUUGUCACAAAUCAGAGGAAACAACAGUAACUGAUGUCAUGGUAUCAAUUUAAGCGCAUUUGUUAGUUUGCCUUUCUAGAGACCCCAAAUAAUCUGUUAACUUUAUUCAAUGUGCUAAACUUAUGUUCUUUGUAAUAUGUUAAUGGCAAUGGCAGUUUACUUCACAGGUAUAUACAAGCAUAUUUAUUUUUUGUUUUUGAAGAAAAAAGCCACUUUUAUUGCAUACUUUCUACCAUGGUGCUGUGUUCAGAAGAUGCCUGCAAUCAUUUUGGACACUUUUUUUUGUUUUGUUCUGUUUUUUUUCUUUUGGCUUUGUGCGUUUGUGUAUUACAAAUGUGAGGAAGAGGAAGGCUCAUUGAUAAUGUAAAACAAACAAAAAAACAUUUAAUUUUGUCCCUAUGGGAUUUUUCAGUUGUGUGUUAUGUUUAUGUGUGCAUAAAGAAUAUUUAAUUAACCAUUGUGUAAUAUCAGCAAAGGUUUGGUGCUAAAUGCAGCAACUUUUAAAAAAAAAAAAAUGCAUUUGUCCGCAUAGUUGUGUGUAUAUCUUACUGCAGUGCAGCAAACAAAGCCCAAGCUUUGUGGGUUUUUUUUUUGUUUUUGUUUUUUUUCUCCCUUAAUUUUCAAUUAUUCCUGCUGGAUUUAUCAGGGGCAUGACAGAAAAAAGGGUUCAGCCAUGACGACAGCUCCGAGCUGUUAGCGAUAUUGUUGCCAAAGUUGAAACGGCAUACUGUUGUUCGUCGUUCUCUUGUGAGAAGCUAAGUAUCAGUUCAGCAGGAAUUAAAUCCCGCGGGAGUCGGAGGGUAGGAGGCGCUUAACUGUGACACAGAGGGAACUAAAACAUCUGUUUCUCAUGAACUGUGUGGAGCUGCAUUAGCUUUACAGGCUGUCAUAUUUUUGGAGGCUUUUCAUAAUGUUAACAGUAAGUUUUUCUGUUUUGUUUUUUUUUUUUGCCAAGAACUGGGGUUGUGGGGAGUAGACCUAUCGCAUGCACAAACACUAUAAGCCCUAGUAAAAGCUCUCAGCUCUUCAGUACUACAGUAGCUCAAACAUACGCCAUGAAGGGGUAAUGGAAGGAUUCGAGGCAGGAUCAUUAUUGGGAAAGCAUACUGUAUAGUCUUAUUAAGCAGUUAUCUUGUUUGUCUUGACGGUGUUUCUGUCUGUCAUCUUUCAUUUGACUGUCAGUGAUUGGAUUGUAAAUAGCUUACUGUGUACAUUUAACUUUCAUUUUAAAAGAAUUUCUGUAUUAUAUGAAGUGGAAUUUCCUGAUGUAUAUUAAAGUGCUUAAUAAACAUAUUUGCUUUACUGCUGAAAAA